GGUAGGAGAUACCAAAGUAAUCCAUCUAUCUAGAAAGAUCAAUAUCUAAAAGAUCAAUCAAUGAUUGCCUUAUCUAACAUCUCACAUACCUAUUACCAUAUAUCCGUUGGCAUGCUUAGUAUUGUGGCUAGCUGAACAAACAUUCCUCUACUAUCAAUCAAACCAAUCCAUAUAAAAUCUUGACAUUGUUUUUCUUUUUCUUUUUUUGUCUAUAAUCUUCCCCUUUUUAUUUUAUCGUUGGUUCGUGACGAUCAAAAUAUUCUACCCGUCCCCCUCAACGUACGUCAUUUCAAACGUGUUCUAGAAAAUCCGGGGGGACGUGCUCAUGUUAUCCGUGUAACUCGUGAGCAACAAAACACAGCACCGCACCGCCGGGUCAAGCAAAGGCACGGGGCCGGUGUUAUUGGGGGAAAUACCUAGGUGAACCGGAUUGGUCCGACCUGGUAUCACCGGAUUUGUGACAUCUCAUACCACCAUCCUAGGCCACAACGCGGAACCCAAAUUUGGGCAGGUGGUGUGAUAGGUCAUCUGAACUGUGAAAAUCAGGUGUAUACCACGGAUAUAUCAAGGCCGGGGAAGAGAGACGGACGGUGUAGGGCAGUUGAAGUGAGACUUGCGUGCUAAGCAAAGGAGCAAGCCGCCAUGACUCCCUCAAAGGAUGAAAAGAAACAUCAGUUGUUUUUGGGCUUGUUCAUACAUAGUGUCAAGCUAGGCGAGCUGAAGUACUUCCACAACACUGCUGUUUUCGUGGAUAGGUCUGGAAAUAUUGUUGCUAUUGAGCCGCAAUGUGAUCUGAAGAAAGCCGAGGAAGUAGUAUUUCCUAAACUAGGUUGGAAAGGGGGUGAUGUUGUUGUCACUGCCGCGGAAGAAGGCCAAUUCUUCUUCCCGGGCUUCAUUGACACCCAUGUACACGCACCUCAGUACCCCAACGUGGGCAUCUUUGGCAAGUCGACGCUGCUGGACUGGUUAAAUACUUACACAUUUCCCAUGGAGGCUUCCCUCUCGUCGCUUCCAAAAGCCCAUAGAGUAUAUACGCGGUGCAUACGGCGAACCCUGGCCCACGGAACCACUACUGCCGCCUACUAUGCCACCAUUCAUGUGCCAUCCACCAACCUCCUCGCAGACCUUUGUCUGUCCAUGGGCCAACGCGCCUUUAUCGGCCGCAUUUGCAUGGACAACCUCGGACCAGACUACUACGUCGACGAAUCAGCAGAUCAGAGUCUUAAGCUGACACAAGAAAGCAUCGAACACAUUAAGGCCAUUGACCCAUCAUACGCCCUCAUAAGCCCAAUUUUAACGCCACGCUUCGCCCCUGCCUGUUCCGUCGACGCCAUGACCCGCCUCGGCGCACUGCAUCGUGAGACCGGGCUACCGGUGCAAACGCAUAUCUCGGAGAACGUCAACGAGGUCCAGCUCGUGCGCGACAUGUUUCCCGACUGCGAACACUACGCCGGCGUCUACGACACCUACGGCCUCCUCACGAAAAAGACGAUCCUCGCCCACGCCAUCCACCUCAGCAACGACGAGGCCGACCUCAUCGCCUGCCGCGGCGCCAAGAUCGCCCACUGCCCCUGCAGCAACUCGGCCCUGACGAGCGGCGAGGCCUACGUCCGCUGGCUGCUCAACAAGCGCAUCGCCCUCGGCCUCGGCACCGACAUGAGCGGCGGCUACAGCCCCAGCAUCCUCGAGGCCGCGCGCCAGGCCGCCCUCGUCUCGAACCACCGCGCCAUGCCCGCCGGCAAGUGGGCCGAUCUGCCGGCCGAGGAGCGCGAAAGGGCAAAGCUGAGCGUCGAGGAGGUCCUCCACCUCGCCACGCGGGGCGGCGCCGAGGUCGUUGGCCUCGGCGAUAAGAUCGGUGGGUUCGAGGUCGGUAUGCAGUGGGACGCGCAGCUCAUUGGUCUCGGCGUCGUCGAUGAGACGGUUGAUGAAGAGGAUGUGGGGGAUCAUGGGAACGUGGACGUGUUUGGCUGGGAGAAGUGGGAUGAGCGGGUCGCGAAGUGGCUGUUUAAUGGCGAUGAUAGGAACGUUAAGAAGGUCUGGGUGAGGGGACGGCUGGUGCAUGAGCGUGUGCGUUGAUGUACGUGGUGGUGUGUGUUGAUGAUGAGUGUUGGAUUGUAUGUAGAUAGUUGAUGCGUACCUCUUAGGUAUCUUGGUAGGUGUCUGGGUAGAUAUCUAGAUAAUCAGAAGCUGGUAGCAUAGUUAUGGUGUAGAUAGAUCCUUAGAUGAGAUUUGAUGGGACGGGGUAAGAUGAGAUGAGAUGAGAUGAGUAGGUAGAUAGAUAGAUAGAUAGAUACCUAGGAGGUAGACAAAGAGGUAGAUAGGUAUGUACCUUACCUACCUAUCUAACCCAGAUGCUUGCAAGACUUGAUCGUUGAUAUUUACAGGCACGACGUAGUAGUGUGUACCUACCCAUUUACAUAUCUACAGAGCUAUCCUAGGUGCUUACCUCCUACCUACCUACCUAACUAGGUAUGUAUGCUGGGCUUAUUCUAGGUUACUUAGGUAGGUAGGUAGGUAUACUAGAUAGAUGUCUUCUUCAUUGUAGUUGGGCAGUCAUGGCAACAUUGAAAUACAUACCUCUAUGGGUACCUAGCUGGGGUACUUAGGGGGAGGGUCGUGGCUUUGUAAAUUCAACGACUACCAGUCACGUACACAGCGAG